ACUUCACGUUUUCAAUUGUGUUAUUUUAAUCUAAAAGUGUUGUUCGUCUGGAAUAAACAAAGUUUUAAUCUUUGUCUGUGUUCGUGGGUGUAUAUUCUUGGGUUUUUCAUAAUCUUUUAUUGGGUAUAUAUAUAGAUACAUAUAUGCUCGCCGGCGAUGCCGACGCCGGUGACAGUGGCCAAGCAAAGUUUGACUCUGGAAGCUGCCAACGCAUUAGACGAGGCUGUGGGGGUUGCUCGCCGGAGGGGUCAUGCUCAGACCACUUCACUUCACGCUGUGUCGGCGCUUCUAUCACUUUCUUCUUCCCCACUUCGUGAGGCCUGCGCUCGGGCGCGGAACCUUGCGUACCCCCCGCGCCUCCAGUUCAAGGCGCUGGAGCUGUGCCUGAGCGUGUCACUAGACCGAGUGCCGUCAAGUCAUCAGGUAGGGCACGAGCCUCCUGUGUCGAACUCGCUCAUGGCGGCAAUAAAACGGUCCCAGGCGAACCAGCGGAGGCAGCCUGAGAAUUUCCACUUGUAUCGCGAUAUCUCGCAGCAGAACCCGACCAAUAUCUCGUGCGUCAAAGUCGAGCUGCAGCACUUGAUUUUAUCGAUUCUUGAUGACCCGGUUGUCAGCCGGGUAUUCGGUGAAGCGGGUUUCCGAAGCUCCGAAUUAAAGCUCGCGAUUAUCCGACCGCUCCCCAACCUCCUCAGAUACCCUCGGCACCGUGGCCCUCCAGUUUUCCUCUGCAAUUUGGAGAAUUCGAAUGCAGACCACGACCGGCCCUCUGGUCGUCGGAGUUUUAGCUUCCCGUUCCCCAGUUUCGGCUCCUUUUUCGACGGAGAAGAGAAUUGUAGGAGGAUUGGUGAUGUGUUAGCGCGGAGGAGGAAUCCUCUGCUUGUGGGCAUCUGCGCUCAGGACACGCUCACUAGCUUCGUAGAGUGCGUGGAGAAGAGAAAGGAGGGUAUUUUGGCUGAGGAUAUUUCUGGGUUAAACGUAAUCUGCAUUGACAAUGAUGUUUCAAGGUGUAUCAAUGGAGAUUUCGAUAAAGGGUGUUUGGAUUCGAAGUUUGAGGAGAUGGGUCGGGUGCUGCAGCGAGAUUUGGGACCUGGGUUAGUGGUGAAUUAUGGUGACUUGAAGCUGUUCCUCAGUGACAACAGGAAAAACGACGAAAAUGAUAAAGGUGGUGCAAGUGAUCCGCCUAGCUACGUGGUUGCUCAGUUAACAAGAUUGUUGCAGCUUCAUGGGCAGAGAGUAUGGCUGCUGGGUGCGGUGGCGAGCUACGAGACUUACAUGAAGUUUGUAAGCAGAUUUCCUUCAACUGAGAAAGACUGGAAUUUGCAGAUUUUGCCCAUCACUUCUCUCAAGCCUUCACUGGCUGAGUCUUCCCCCAGAUCAAGCUUGAUGGGGUCAUUUGUUCCUUUUGGUGGGUUCUUUUCCAUGCCUCCUGAAAUAAACGGGUCUUUAAGCAACCCUUAUCAAUGUACAAUCCAGUGCCAUUCAUUCGAUGAGAAGUGUGAACAAGAUGUCCUUUCUAUUUCAAAGGGAAGAUCCAGUUUUCCAGUGGCAGAUCGAUACCAAUCUAGCUUGCCUUCUUGGUUGCAGAUGACAGAACUCAGCACAAGCAAGGGAUUGGAUGUGAAGGUGUGUACCACUAAAACCCUCCAAGUCCAUGCUAAAUUUUGCUACUUUUCCUUAGUUGUCAUCAUAUUGGAUGUGCAGGCCAAAGAUGAUGGAAUUACAUUAAAUGCCAAGGUAACUGGGCUACAAAGGAAGUGGGACACUAAAUGCCAGCAAGUUCAUCUUACUCAUCCAUUCCCUGAGUCAAAGACUAGUCAAUUAAAUUCUGAAAUCUCUACUGUUGUGGGCUUCCAGUUCAUUCAAGACAAGAAGGAAACUGCUGAUAGUCAUAGUGUUAACAACAGAAAUGCACCGUCCAAUGAAACUAAUUGCAGGAAUAUCAACCCAAUCAUGCCUUUGAAUUUGCAGAAUGGGAGUUUCCUGUCCAAACCGAGAGAAAAACCUUCAAGAGGAGACAAUCUUGAGACUGUUGGUUCUGUAUCUCCUAGUAGUUUAUGCAACUCAUGUGUGGGCGAUGGCAGUCAAGCAUCUCCUGCAUCUGUGACUUCUGUCACAACAGAUUUAGGGUUGGGCUUAUGUUCAGUUCUUUCAAGUGAUGAUUCAAAGAAAAAAACCAAUCAAAAUAAUAUAUAUCUUGGAAAGGACUUCUCGGGUUGCAUUUGUGCAAAUGUUGAUUUCAUCACUUGGGGUAUAUCUAACCAUCCAGCUCAAUCUUCAUCCUCUUCGUCCCAUGACUUUGGUGGACAGUUUGACGCAAAUGAAUACAAGAUGCUUUUCAGAGCUCUUUCUGAAAGAGUUGGAUGGCAAGACGAAGCUACACGUCUUAUUAGUCAAACAGUAGUCAACUGCCGAACAAGAAAUGAAAAAUGUGAUGGCGCAAGUCAAAGAGGAGAUGUAUGGUUCAAUUUUAUUGGACCUGAUAGGUGUGGUAAAAAGAAGAUUGCUAUUGCGCUUGCUGAGAUAAUAUCUGGAAGUAGAGAUAACUUCAUCUUUGUGGAUCUAAGUUCUGAAGAAGGGACGAUUCAGACAUCCUCACUCUUUAAUUGUGAGGAGAUGAAUCAUGAUUUAAGGUUUCGGGGGAAGAAUGUUGUUGAUUAUGUUGCUGGGGAGCUGAGAAAAAGGCCAUUGUCCAUUGUCUUUCUUGAAAAUGUAGAUGAGGCUGAUGUGCUGGUUCAGAGCAGCUUAUCCCACGCUAUUCAUACUGGUAAACUUUCAGAUUCACAUGGAAGAGAUGUCAGCACAAAGAAUGCAAUAUUUGUUAUGACUUCAGCAUCAACAACAGAAAGCAAAGUUCUUUCUAAUAGGAUGGAAGUCUCUAAUUAUUCUGAGGACAAAAUAUUGAGAGCCAAGGGCUGUCCAAUGCGGAUACUGGUUGAGUGCAUGGAAAACACCAAUAACCAAAACUUGGCUGAAGCUAUCACGGCUGGCAAAGGUACCUCUAAUCUCAGUUUUGUGAAUAAAAGGAAGCUGAUUGGCACUGAUGAAGUUCUAGAGCAACAUGAGCUCAAGGAGAUGACGAAAAGGGCAAACAGGACAUCUAGUAGGAAACUGGAUCUAAAUGUUUCAGCUGAAGAGGAUGAACUGCGAGAGACAGAAGAUGGAAAUGUUGACAAUGACUCCUUAUGUUAUUCCAAGCCUUGGUUGCAAAGUUUCCCUGGUCAAGUGGAUAAAAACAUGGUCAAGGUGGUUUUCAAGCCAUUUGAUUUUGAUGCACUUGCAGAAAAACUACUGAACCAAGUUGCUGAGAGCUUCCACAAAAUUAUUGGCCCAGAAUGUUUGUUAGACAUUGACCCAAAAGUUAUGGACCAAUUGCUUGCAGCUGCAUAUAUAUCAGACAGCAACACAGCCAUCGAAGAUUGGGUGAAACAAGUUCUUAGCAGCGGAUUUGCAGAAGUUCAGAAGAGAUACAACGUGACUGCUCACUCUGUUGUGAAACUUCUUAUCUGUGAAGGUCUUCCCUUUGAGAAGCAAACACCCGGAGUUCACCUUCCCCAGAAAAUCAUUCUGACAUGAUAUUUUCAGUAAUCCUUAUAAUUUUAUUUAUACUGAGGUAUUUAGUGUGUAGUGCACCCAUUUUGGCCAGUUAAUCCUACAGGCUUUCGUUUUGGGUUUUCAGGCUCUUAGGUAGCAUGUUAUAUUUGUAUAAUAACAAUAAUGUAAAAUGUGUAGUUUAAGAUCAAAUUCUGUUUCAAUAGGAAAAUGACACUUCAAUAUUAGCUCGAGAUGUUGAGGUGUCUUUC